AUGCGCCAGAGCGAACUUAUUGUUGCACUUCUGACUGCUAUUUACGCCGUGAGAGCGAGUCCAUUGCGACCUCGAGAUAUAUACAACCCUCUAGAUCCUCUGAAAAGCGUCGCCAGCGAGUUGUUCGGCUUCACGACGGCAAUAUCUGCACUGGAGUCGGCGAAGCAAACACAAGCAACAGUCUCGGCUUCCUCUACACCUUCAGCAGAUUCGCCGACAGUCUCUGGCCAAACAAGCACCGCGCAGACCAAUACCGUAUCAUCAGAUGCAGUCUCGAGCACCAUCAACAGUGGGACAGGACCUGUAACAAUCACCGCCACUGAAACACGGUUAUCCUCCGGAAGUGCCUCACACACGAACACAGCUUCCAACUCUGCCCUCCUCAACACCGCAACGACCUUGUCUGGCGGCUCCCUCUCUACUUCAUCUGGCUCGACCAGCGCGCCAAAUGGCGUAGUUCCCACCACCACUGAAAGCAGUGGAUCGUCACAUACCGGUACAAGCUCUAAUCCCGGAUCAAGCUCUGGAUCAGGCUCAGGACCAGGAUCAGGAGGUAAUGCAGGGUCAGGUUCAACAUCGGCCGAUUCAACGGGUGGGUCAGGUCUGUCACCAGGAGAGAUUGCUGCAGCAGUCAUUCUCCCUGUCCUGGCUUUGGCCGCGAUACUAUUUCUUCUCUUCCGCUUCUGCGACCCUCUCCGAGAACGCUACACAGCUUGGCGUCAAGAAAGGAUAGAGCGAUCUGCCUACCGACGCGCGCUGGACGACCCCAUUCUUUCCUUCGGCAUUCAUCAGCAAAACGGUCGAGAUCUGGAUGGUUUGGGCAUGGGUGACGUGGAGCAGUUGGUGCGUCCCUUAUCCUUCGGAUUCCGAAAUCCUCAGAGACAAAUUCCUAGCAUCAGGAGGAAGCCGUUGAAUUGGGACCCUGCGCGGGUAGGCGGUCAAGGAGCCUCGUCAAUUGGAAUGGCAUUACCAAUGCCCACCGGACACCGUCCCAGGAGCCUCAGUGAGAUAUCGGAAGUGAGCGAUAUCAGCAGUGAUGCAGAGGCCAGAUAUCAGGACGCCCGGUCGAAUCAGCCCUCGCCGGAAGGUAUCAUUUCAUGA